CAACAACAACAAACCAACUAACCCGCAACACUCGACAAACAUGACCCAGGAAAACAUUCCGCUCAAAGUGCUCAUCGUGGGAGGCGGCCAGUACCUCGAACCCUUCUUAGACGGCGAGCCGCUCUACAUACGCUUACUGUUGCAGCUGCGGCUAGCAUGCACCGAGGCGCUUGAAUUUUACAUGUCCGUGAGAGACAUGCACGAAAUCCUCCGCCUACCAGUCCUCCGAGGCCAAGCAAAAGAGGUUGCUCAGUUCAUGGAACCCCCGCUCCGAUACCUCUACACCAACCAGCAAGAUACUUUGCCGGAUGCAAACCCGCCCGAUUCCAACAAGCCCAACAAGCCGCGUGAAUGGGAUCCUCUGCUGGCUGCGCACAGAUUGGACCGCACUUGCCGCUGGCUCGUAGUUAGUUGCAAUUAUCCCCUGAUUCAGUCGACAGACAUACGCCAGUUGCACGACAGCUAUGAAGCGCCCGUCACAUGCUUCAUGAAACCCGGGCACGGCUACCCCGAGCCUCUGCUGGCCAUCUGGAGCCCGGAGUCUCUGAAGAAGCUGGAAGAUAAUAUCAGUAACGGUAUGAACUUUACCGUGGUGGCGAUGAAAGUGGUCGAUGCUUUGAAAGGGAAAUUGAUCCGGCCGGCGCGCAAAGAGUCGUUGUUCCAUACAUCCAACUACGAGGACUGGGCGGAAGCUAUGACGAUAGCAUUGAGGAUGAUUAUUGAAGAGAGUGAGAAUACCUCGUGAGGGUGGGUAGCAUGGCCCUCAAGCUUCAGUCCAUUGUUUAUCAGGCUAUACAUGAUGCAAUUUGCCGAUUAUUCUGCGUAGUCGUCAACGGAUCGCUAAUGAAUUAUUCGACGCUGCCCGUUGUGCCCCUUACCUUCCAUAGAUAUUCACCGUCCAACAUGGUAUGGAGCACUACUUGCCUA